UCUUUCAACUUUGUAACAUUGUCAUGCAAAGAUCUACGGAGAAAGUUCCAAUAUUUUUGGUGCGAAUCUUCGUAUUUUAUAGUGCUAAACAGAAUUUGAGAUAUUUUUCUCGAAUAUCCAUUCCAAUCGAACGAAAAUGGCAUGAAACGCAUGCAAAGAUCGACAACUGUGAUAAAGUCGCGAGAUAGCACACGAGUGAGACGAACUAUGAGGUUGCAACAUGGAAACGUAACCUUAUUCUACGAGGCUGCAUGUUUAUGUGUGCAUACCUAAAAGCAUUAUUUGAUUUGAUCAAGGAUAUCAACUCAAAGUGCAUAACGAUAUCCAAUUAUGAAAUACGAAAUCGUCUGCGUAUCUCACUAUAUUCUUUUUUUAAAAAACAUGAUAUACUGAGGAAUGAAAUUUAAUUAAGCAACCGGAUCACGGAUUUCCUGAGGUGUUAGGGAAGUCGAGCCUUCGAAUUCUCGAGUUCAUGGCCCGCCAUUAUGCAUAUACAUACGUAUGCAAUAGCCUGGUGGGAUGGUAGAUCGUGCGCGGCGCGAUGAACCGACUCGGCCAAAAGCUACCGGAAUUAUUAACUCCUGUCAGUCUAGAUUAUGUUGAAGUGUUUAUAGAAGUUUGAAGCGAUCUCAAGACACGUGAGUGGAUUUUUGAGGCAAGUGAAAGAUAUGGAGGAAGCAGAGGAAAUCGAGGAGAGUACCAAUUCGUGUUCGACGUCCACGUUGUCCUCGGCGUCGGUGCGUGGCAAGAAACCCUGCACGGAAAUGCGAUCGGAGAAGCCGGUGUACCUUCGUCAAAAAGAAAAGAUCAUAUAUCCCAGGAAUACUAGGACUCUGGCGAAGACAGCUGUUAUUGGUGGCAAACCUAUCGAAGAGGAGACUUGUAUGGCUCUGAGAACAUUGGUUUUCGGAAGUUGUGCUAGUCCACCGAGACCGGAAUGGGCAAGAACCGGAUUCACCCUACGACCUUACGGACAAAGCUUGGCAUUUGGAUUACGAGCACCGAGAAAUACGACCAGGGGUCUCGUCACGGCUGUGCAGGCCAUAAUGCUCAAGCAUUUCCUGUUUAAAUGCAACAGACAGGACACUCAUGCUAGUCCAGAAAGUCUACUGAAGCCAUCGUAUGAUAGACAAAUCGAUGUCUUAACAUCAACGAUAGCCGAAAUAAUUUGGCGUUGCGCCGGUGGAUUCGUUGUGCAAAAUACUGGUUGUUCGCCAAAUCAAAGUGCCACCGGAAACGCAAAUGUCCCCAGGGCCGUGGUGGUUCUACCGCAAGAGACACCUUAUGUACAACAUAGCGUACAAUACUUUCAAGAUGGUCUCACGGAAACCCUGCAUCUGUUCGAGUUUGAAUCUCUACAAGAUUUGGAAAUAUUUAUUAAAAGAUAUUUAUACCUGUUUCAAGACGAAGGUGGACCGGGUGCUAAAUUAUUAUUGUACAGCGCUGUGCUUUCCAGAGGACUUUCUAAAGUGCAAGCUGAUUUGGAAGAUCCAAAAGGUUCAAUAUUAAGUGGUUGCCCAGAAGAGGGCCCCACAAACGCUGUAAUACUCUCAUUAACCGGUCGUGCUUCGCCUCACCUUCAUAAUGGGGUGCUACACGUAGGGGAUGAAAAUACCUAUGCUAUACCGCAAUGGGGAGUCCUCGUGAGGAGUGAAGUAGGAUUUCUGGUGCACGAAGGUGACGCACAAUUGAGUAAACAGCCAGGUUCUCGUCUGAAAACUCCGAAUUUACCGAUAUGGGUUACUCUGUGUCAUGGUCAUCAUGGUGUCUUGUUUAAUACGAAUCGCGAGUUGCUUAGAAAUUAUCACGCUGAACGACGUUUCGAGAUCCAAUACUUCACGUGCGGCGGCAGUCAUGCCAUUUUGACCGUGGAUACUAGGUCGACUUCCGGCAAUGAUUCAGAAUUCGAAGGCCCAAGUAAAGAAUGUAUGGACAUUGCUGCAACACCUUUGGAGAAACUCAUACGCUCCAAGUGGCAAGAUGCUUAUAUACAAUGGAAUGGAACACCUUUAAUGUGAAUGCACCAAUAUGUGUGUUCAUAAAUUUAGUUAAAAAUUAAUACAACU